AUGUGCACACCAAUUAAACUUAUACCUGAUUUGCUGACUGACCCAAACCAGACAUUGAUGAAGGAAGUACAACCUCUGCUGGGCCUUUUUCACAAAGGAGUCAAUGUGAAUGGCCCACUUCAGGUCCUGUGUGAUGGUUGUGCCCAGAAACCUGAAGGACUCCACUGCUGCCACAGUGCUGUUCAUGAUGGUGAGAGAAGGGAGUACAGGGGGCCUUCUCCUAAAGCCCACAAUAAUCUCCAGAGUUUUGAGCAUGUUCAACUUCAGAUUGUCGCGAUUGCACCAGACAGCCAGCGCCUCAACCUAUUGAUGAAGGUGUUUGGUGAGGUGUUCACCAUGCUGUCUGAGGAACAGAGGAAUGCAAUUAUUGGCUGGGUCAAAGAGAGAGUUGCACAAAAUGAAUUUAAAUGCGUUCUGAAAGCACCUGUCUUCAGCGUCCUGCCUUCUGGAUCACUGGAAAAACCUAUCAUCCAAAAUGGCUCAUCAGUCAAGGCAAAGAUGAAUGUGAUGAAUGUACCAAGAGCUGAAAGGGCUCAACAUUCAUCGAAUGAUGCAGUCCCUAAAUGCCCUCCCAGAAUGCUCUGGCUGAAGGCUAACGUGUUGGCAAUGAUGGGGCCUUACCUAUCUCGGCUGUCUUUAGAGGAAGCCAAGACCAUCCCUAAAGAAGAGCUAUGUGAGUUUUUCAGGACUCCAGAUUUUUCUCCAUCAUUUCAAAAUGUUAGUGGAAUGCAGCCCGCUCUUGGCCGAACACUUUUUCAACGCUUGAAACAAGAGUGUUCCAGCAGUGAUAAUUUCACUCACUAUAUGGACAGGUUGGGCUCCCUGGCAUGUUUCUUUGAUGGUGCACCGUCACUAAAUCUGAAUCUUAGUAGAAAACUGCUGUCUCAAAUUGAUACCUGUAACAACCCUGAAAUAGACACGCAUCAGUUCCGUCGUGAUGUAAAUGCAUCUGAACUGGUGAAUGGGUUGCCAGAUUCUCUCCUCUCUUCUCUGUCUCUGUCCACUCUGGAGAAGGCAGACCUCAGGUCUGUGGAUCAGCUGCAGGGACGCGGCUGGACUCGUGCUCAAUCAGCAUUCCUUCUGAAGAAGAUUUUGGGUAAUAGCAUCAACCUUGGAGAAUUACGGAAGCUGGGUCAGGCUGUACAGGGGGUAACUUGUGAAAUGAUUGAAAAAAUCAAUCAAACUGAUGUUUUGGAAAUGGCACAGAUACUUAACGAAUCCUGCGCAUGGCUCUCCAGGAUUCAGAUUCAAUGUACAGCUCAAAAAAUCUUUGCAAGUCUGGAGGAACAGAGACCAGGAUAUUUCACAAACAUUAACAACUCUGAGCUUCAGGCCAUUCCAGCGAUGCUACUUAUCCAUCUACCAGUGGAGCAGAUUCAAAACCUGUCAGAUGCUGUGUGUCCUGCUUUCAUGGAGAAGAUGAAGCAAGUCAACCUGUCAUUUCUGGCAAACAGCUCUCCAGCACGCUACACACUUACUAAAAGAGCCAUCGGCUGCCUGAAGAGGAACGUGUCUGAUCUGUCUGCGGCAGAAGUUUUGACUCUAGGCCCUCUGGUGUGUGAGUUAGACCCUGCCUGGAUUUCUUCUCUGAACCCUGCAGCUCUGAAUUCCACUCUGAAGGCUCUCGUAUCCUGUCAGUAUAUCCAGCAACAGCACAGAGAGCAUCUGUUCAGACUGCUUACGACCACCUACGGGGACCCUGCUUACUGGUCAGAGGAAGACAUGAGGGUGCUUGGGCCACUUUUGUUACUUAAUGACACUGUUAUUGAAAAGCUGCCGGCCAAAAGCUGGAUGAAGUCAUAUCUGUCAGACCUGAUGGACAGUUUGCCCAGUCAGCCUUUGGUUCCUCUUCCAAAGGAGUUCGGCUCUUGGUUUGAUCUCUCUGCACUUCAGCGCAAGCUUUUUGAGCUCAGAACAAGUAGCACACUACUGAACCGCAGGAAGCGUGAAUUGGUGUCCACCCUAACAGAGCCCACACUCACUUAUAUUGAGGACCUCAAACAGUGGAAUGUAUACUGGACUCCCACCCAGCUCAGCAAAAUGACUGUGCAGACUUUCAAAGAUGCUGUGCCAACAUUAGGAGAGAUACCCAAUUACAGCACAGAACAACUGGCUGCACUCAGAGCAAAAACUCUGGAGGCAUGGCAGAGUGUUUCCAUGUUGAAUGAGUCCCAGAUGUCUAAUUUGGGCUGCAUCUGCCAGAGCUUCAGUGCUGAUGUGCUGGCCAAGCUCAGGAUUGCUUCACUGGACACACUGGAGACACUGACUGCUUGCAACUUUACACAGACACAGAGGACAGCCGUCUGGCAGGCCUUUGAAAGGGUGGCUGGAAUCAGUGUGGCUGGACUAGGACAUCUGGAAAUGGUGGGACUGGGACAGUUCAUCUGUGGUCUACAACCUGGCCAGAUUGAUCAGCUCAAUUCCCCCAGCUUCAGGGAGGCAGUAGAGGUGCUGGGUCGUGCUCCUUGUCCUCUGAACUCCAGAGAGCUUCUGAAGGAAAAGGCAGUGGCUGCAUUCGGAAAACCAAAAACCUGGACUGAAGCUCAAGUCAGCAUUCUGGGCAACAUCAUUGCUGGUUUAAGUGCUGUUGAGCUGGGAAGUCUAAAUCCAACUGUCCUGCCAUUCAUUCAGCCGUCCGCCAUCCCUCUCAUACCUUCAGAACGCUUAGCUGCAUUGUCGGUCAGCCAGUUGAAGGCUUUGGGUCCUGACAAUGCUGCUGCGGUAACAGAGGCUCAGCGUGCAGGCCUGAGGGUCGAUCAAAGGGCCGCACUGGAUGAAGCCAUGGGACUAAAAACUGCAGGCACUGAAGUGCCCACUGGAAGCUCCACUGGAGUCUCCAAUCCAGGCUCUGGUGGAUCAGUCCCACUGCCACUAAAAGGAGGUGCAGCAGUAGAGAGCAUGGCAGGAUGGGUCCUCCUCAUGCAGGCCAUUGCACCGCUGUUGUUUGGAUACAUUCUCUAAGGAGCAGAAGGUCAAAGGCCACAGGAUGCCAUGUGUCAGAGAGCAGAUUCAGCUACUGCUGUGUGAUCAACCAGCAGAUUUCAGAAAUGUUAUAAUUGCUUUAUUUCAAAACUAUGUUUAAAAAUACUAAGUCACCGAUUGCACAUUUAGAUUAGACUAAAGCCAGAAAUAGUUGAGAUGGUGGUUUGAUAAAAUCUGGGUCUUACCCAUUUUUAAUUACUUAAAUGUAUCUUAGAAACUAUAUUUGAUAAUAUCUCUAUUUAGAUAUAUUCAAAUGCAGAUCUAUUAUUAUGCUAUGAGAGACAUAAAACACUGUGUAUACUUAAUUAAAAUGUAUUAAAGAUGUAGUUUUGUUAUUAGUUAUUCAAUUUCAGUUAAAUAGGUGUAUUAUUGAAAGGUUGUGUUCUAAUUCAAAUAAUUUAUACCCAAACAUAAUGGAUAAUAAAGUUAUGUCUGUAAAGAGAGUAACUGUGCGAUUUGAAUAGUCAAAGCUGAGACUUUAACACCCUCAUGUGAUAAAACUCCCCACAGUACCACUCCCAAAUCGUCAAAUAUUGACACUUGGUCAGGACACCUUGGCAUGGCUUUUUGACACACAGGGACACACAUUUUUCCACAUGCAGGGUCUUCCAUUGCUUUAUAUAAGAAGCGCUUAGUGUCAAUAUGCCGACGCAAAAGGCUUAUCGUCAUGAUUAAAUUAUAUAUUGGGCAAUAAUACUGCCAUUCUUGCAUAUAUGUUGGGGUGUGAUUUUUCAAUGUAAACAGUCACACGUUUUAUUUAUAUAACCCAACCCCUGCCCCUAAACCUACCAUUUGUCAAUAAAACACAGGCAGAUACAAAUAC